UUCAGGGUACUGAGCAAACUCUGUCAAAAAUCUUUCAGAAAAACCCGCAGAUCAUGUAUCUGGAACAGGAGCUGGAAAGCUUGAAAGCAGUGCUGGAGAUCAAGAAUGAGAAACUUCAUCAGCAGGAUAUAAAGCUAAUGAAGAUGGAGAAACUGCUGGAGAACAACACAAUCUUAAUGGAUAAAUUAAAGAAGGUUCAGCAAGAAAAUGAAGAAUUAAAAGCUCGGAUGGACAAACACAUGGAGCUUUCAAGGCAACUUUCUACGGAGCAAGCUGUUCUACAGGAGUCGCUGGAGAAAGAGUCAAAAGUAAACAAACGCCUGUCCAUGGAAAAUGAGGAACUUCUGUGGAAGUUGCACAAUGGGGACCUAUGCAGCCCAAGAAAACUGUCUCCCAGUUCUUCAUCCGUGCCUCUUCAGUCCCCACGACAUUCUGGUAACUUCUCUAGUCCCACAGUAUCACCAAGAUGACGCCUCUGGAGAGAAAGAGGGGAUUGCACUUCAUUUGUGAUCUGCAGGACCUGAUCCUAACUUUAUCCACAGGAGCAAGAGCUAUAUUAGCCAAGUGUGACAACUAAACCUAACUGGAAACGAUCUGGUGCAAAAAUGGCGAUAAGAGACUGAGAGCAUGGGAGCGAGACGUUCACGUUGCUCCUCCCAAAAAGACUUGUUUAUGACCUCUAUGGACAUGGUUGCACAAAGCACUUAUAGAGCAAGGAAAGACUUGUUCAUUUGCCUUUUCACUGAACUAUAAGAAAAAGCUCAGGGGCUUAGAGAUAAAGAUCACAACCUUUAUAGUAUGGUCCUUACCAGACACUUUUUUUAAGGCUGUGUGUGUGCGUGUGCUGCGAGUGGAAUGGGUGUAACACACUGUGCGUGUGUCUAAUGCUGCCUUCUUUGCUGUGUAUGUAAUAAAGGAUAAAAGCUGAAGACUA